UCAGGGAGCGUCAGGCGGGGCGGGGCGGGACUGAGCGCGGGCGGCGGCGGCGCGCCGGGGCCUCCUCCUCCCUUCCCUCCUCCGCCUCCCGCACUCCAGCAGUCGCUGCCGGCCGGACGGGCGUAGGUCCCACCGCCUCCGCUUCUCUCCCGCCGCCUAUCUCGCGGCUCCGCGUCCUUGCCCGGCAUGUCGGCGGCCGUGGCGUGUGUGGAUUACUUCGCCGCCGACGUGCUCAUGGCCAUCUCCUCCGGAGCCGUGGUGCAUCGCGGACGACCCGGCCCCGAGGGCGCGGGCCCCACUGCCGGUCUGGAUGUGCGCGCCACGCGCCGCGAGGCCACGCCGCCGGGGACCCCUGGGGCACCGCCACCGCCAGCCACCGCUCCGGGGCCCGGAGGCGCCACCGCUGCGCCCCACCUGCUGGCCGCCAGCAUCCUGGCCGAUCUGAGAGGCGGGCCGGUAGCCGCCACCGCAGCCAGCACCGCGGGGGGCACCUCUCCGGUCUCCUCCUCCUCGGCCGCUUCGUCUCCGUCUUCGGGCCGCGCCCCCGGCGCGGCCAAGAGCCACCGCUGUCCCUUCCAUGGCUGCACCAAAGCCUAUUACAAGUCUUCGCACCUCAAGUCACACCUGCGGACUCACACAGGUGAGCGGCCCUUUGCCUGUGACUGGCCUGGCUGUGACAAGAAGUUCGCCCGAUCUGAUGAGCUGGCCCGCCACCACCGGACGCACACAGGCGAGAAGCGGUUCCCCUGCCCCCUGUGUACCAAGCGUUUCACCCGCAGCGACCACCUGACCAAGCACGCCCGGCGACAUCCUGGCUUCCGCCCGGAACUACUGCGACGACCUGGUGCCCGCAGCGUCUCGCCCAGCGACUCGCUGCCCUGCAGCCUGGCUGGCAGCCCCACACCUAGCCCUGUCCCCAGCCCAGCUCCUGCUGGCUUGUAGAGCCCUGGUCUGUCCACCCUGAGUGGCUUGCUUGCCAGGCCUCAGCAGGGAUUUCCAUCAAGGGACACAUCUGUCCUCUGGAGAGCCUGUGUCCUGGAGUUCCCGCCCACCUCAAGAAGGCAACAAGGGGACUGAGAAUGGACUUGGGUCACCUGGGGGGCCUGGGAGGUGGCCUCAGGUUCUGUCUGUAAAUAGCCAUGGUUAACUGUCCUGUCUCCUCUGCAGGGACCUCAAAAUGGGCAGUUGGCAGAUCCUUCCUGUCCCUUCUGCCACCCUCUGCUUUCCCUCCUGGGUGGUGCUGGGCAUGAAGCCCGUCCCCACUCCUUGUCUUCAGCCCCCUAGUCACCCCUCCAGGUUGGGGCACAGGUAUACAGAGCCAUAGGUGACUGGGGCUUCCCAUGGGCCCCAACCUGUCCCCACUCCACUGAAAGCCAUUGGCGGAAGUUCAGGGAAAUGGGGGGGGUGCAGCCUGGCUGACCCCCUUCCAUGGGUACUCAAAUCUCAGGUGUCCAUAGGUUCUGCCCUCAAUAAGGGCCCCCCCCCACUCCUAGCCCCAGGGGUACAGGAGGCACCACAGUUUUCAGAGAACUUAGGGCUGUGGGGUGCAGGUGGGGCAUGUGGAGGACCCCUCAGAGCAUUGCCGCUCACUUUGGGUGUGGUGCUGGGUUGAUGGGAAAGAAAUUAUUUAUUGUUCUCUCUGACUGCUGGCAUGGGGGGCCUGGCUCCCCCUAUCUAGGUGUGCAUAUGUGUGAGAGAGACAGUGGGUGUCUGGUGCCUGGGGCUUAGCCUCCCUACUCCCACUGGUUUAGGGUCCCUGAGUUUGGCCUUUGUGGCAUUGCGUCUCAGACAAUCUAUAGGACCCCUGCAGCCAUCAGGCUACAGAUACAGGGCUCUGGCCUGCCCGUCAUGUGCUCCACACUCUCGGGUGUCUGCAGAGGGUGGCCUUGGACUCCAGCAUUGGGAAUGGGGUGUUCACCUCCUGGACCUUCUGGGGUAGCUCGGGGUUUUUUUGCACAGGAUAGACUUAUUUUUUCAGGCUCGAGUUCCAUGUUCCAGUGGGGUCCCCUUGUGUGGCCACCAUCCUCAGGGGUGUGAGUUGGGGGAGGUCUCCGGAGAGUCUCCAGUAGGGUCCUUUCCUACUGCAGGCUGGAUUUCCUUUCUAGAAAGGCAAUUAGGGACAGCCCCACACACACCACGGAGUCGGGGACACGGAGAAGGUCGAGGUGCCCUGUGUUGACUGUUGGAGGUUCCAGGACCUUCCAUCAUUCGAUGAGGGAGGCUCUGGUAAUGCCACCUUUUCUUGAGCCUACAUGGAGGGAGGUCACCCUUCUGGAGCUGGGCUAAAGGCCCUGGGCCAGCUCCCCUCCCGGUACUUCCACUUGCCCCUUCUCUUUGGCCACAGAAAUGAGAUGCCUUAGUUUGCUGAUGGGGGGUGGGGGGGCGGGCUAGGGCCAGAUUCUUUUUGUGUCUUUUGGAUGUAUCUUGCUUCAUCCCAGCUCCUGCUGGUCUCCUGUCCUUCCUGUAAACAGGGGGGAAGGUCAGAGGUCCGUGGGAGUUAACUCCAUAAGCAACCUGAGCUUUUCGUGAUGUCCUCCCCUUCCCCCCUAACUUCUGGUUCUGAUUGAUAACUGGGACUUGGGUCUAACCAUUGUAGGGUGAUGUCUGCAGGGCAGGCAGGACAAGGGUCCUAAGGGAUUUAUUUGUUCUUUCUGUAGGGGGCACCUCUCCUCCAUUCCGCUUGGCCUCUCACCCAUGUAUUUAAAUUAAAGAAGCCCUUUUUUAAAACCUG